GUUUAUAUAUAGAGGAGAGAUAUUAAAGCCUUCUUCUCUAUUAACGCACCUUGCAAUAACAACAACAAAAAUAAUAAGUUCAGAAUAAUCACGGUGGAGAAACACCUUAUUUUGACGGCGACGCUGGCGGUUGAAGCUGCAACAACAACAACAACAACAUUUAGCCACCGCCACAACCACCACCUCCGGUGAGAACAAUGGGAAAAGGAGGCGGUGAGAAUAAUGAUCCGAACAAGGUUCAUGAUGAUUCUGUCGAAAUUCCAGAUACCGCGCAUCAAAUUAGCAGCGAUUCAUGGUUUCAAGUGGCAUUUGUGCUCACCAAUGGAGUCAACAGUGCUUUUGUCCUUGGAUAUUCCGGGACCGUUAUGGUUCCCUUGGGUUGGGUAGGGGGUGUAGUUGGUCUCAUUCUUGCUGCGUUGGUGUCGCUUUACGCGAAUGCCCUUAUUGCUGAUCUCCAUGAAUUAGGAGGGACUAGACACAUUAGAUAUAGAGAUCUUGCCGGAUAUGUUUACGGUAAAAAGGCAUAUAAACUCACAUGGGCUCUCCAGUAUAUCAAUCUUUUUAUGAUCAAUACUGGUUUCAUUAUUUUGGCUGGUUCAGCCUUGAAAUCUACUUACACCUUGUUUAGUGAUGAUGCUCAGCUGAAGCUUCCAUAUUGUAUUGCUAUAGCUGGAUUUGUGUGUGCAUUAUUUGCCAUAUGUAUUCCUCAUCUUUCAGCUCUUGGAAUUUGGUUGGCAGUUUCAACCGUCUUCGGCGUGAUAUACAUUGCCAUAGCAUCUGGGCUAUCAAUUAAAGAUGGAAUACAGUCACCGCCUCGAGAUUACAGCAUUCCAGGAGAAGGGGCAAGUAAAAUAUUUGAAAUUAUUGGGGCGUCUGCUAACCUAGUUUUCGCAUAUAACACCGGCAUGCUUCCUGAGAUACAGGCAACAAUUAAGCAGCCAGUUAUGAAGAACAUGAUGAAAUCCCUUUAUUUUCAGUUUACCGUCGGAGUUGUACCAUUGUACAUUAUAACCUUUUCAGGAUAUUGGGCUUAUGGAUCUUCCACAGAAACCUAUUUACUGAAUAGUACAAAAGGUCCAGUCUGGGUGAAAGCUAUUGCCAAUAUUACAGCCUUCCUUCAAUCAGUCAUCGCGCUGCAUAUAUUUGCAAGUCCGAUGUAUGAGUAUCUGGAUACUAAAAACGGAAUCAAAGGAAGCGCAAUGAAUAUUAAGAACUUGUCAUAUAGAAUCACAGUAAGAGGCGGAUACCUGGUAUUUAACACAUUCGUGGCGGCUCUCCUGCCUUUUCUCGGAGAUUUCAUGAGCCUCACGGGAGCGAUUAGCACAUUUCCCCUAACAUUUAUUCUUGCUAACCAUAUGUACAUGGUGGCAAAAAAGAACAAACUAACAAGUUUACAGAAGCUCUGGCACUGGAUCAACAUUGUUUUCUUUAGCAUCAUGUCUAUUGCAGCAGCCGUUGCAGCAGUACGGCUUAUUUCUGUAGACUCCAAAACAUACCAUCUUUUCGCAGAUAUUUGAUGAGAUUCAUUACAUUUUUACAGAGGUUGUAAUAAUGUUAGAUCCAAUCAUUGCAUGUUUCAAAUGCUUUCAUUGUUAGAAAAGAGCAUAGGAUUUUUAUGUAGAAGAUAGUAUCAAUGAAAAUCAUUAAUGUUGGAACAAUUUUUCAAAGGAAAUGUCAAAGUUUCAAUGUGGGAUAUUAUAAUGAAAGUAUCACAAUUAUGGAUUCA